GUUCCCUGCGUGGAAAGCGGCGCAAAAGGAAGCCUCGCUCCCCCGGCCCGAAAGGCGAAGCAAGGGGGCGAACUAGGAGCAGCCCAGCCGGGGCUCGGGGGAGUCGCGUUUCGGGACCGGAUGUGGAGGAGGGCCGCCCGCCUGGGACCCCGCGGCGCCUCGGCUCGGCUCCGCUUGUUGCCCAAGUGGCUCGGGAGGUUCCUUGUGCCGGCCAUGGAGGGCUGAAGGUGUCGCUGGGCGACCGGGAGAGCAGGAAGGAGCCGACGGCACUUUUUUUUUGCAGGCGCGCCGAGGGGAGAGAGAACCGGCCCUUGAGAACUUUCUUGCCUCCACUUUCCUCCCUUCCCCGGGGAGGCAGAGACGACCAUGAAGGAUUACCGACUGGCCAACGACGGGAAAAUGAGCCAUUACAACCCGCCGGCGGGGGCGCAAGCGAUGGGCUCCGGCCUGAAAUACAGCAGCAAGAAAGAGGACAUGAACGGCCUGGAGGAAGGCGUGGAGUUCCUCCCCACCAUGAAUGCCAAGAAGCUGGAGAAGCGUGACCCAAAGCAGUAUAUGGUGGUGGCUGCCAUACUCGCGGUCUGCCUGGUUGUCUCCUUAUUGGUGGGAUUCCUUGUCUGGCACUUCAAAUACAAGAAUGCCCCUGUGCAGAAGCUGUACAAUGGUCACCUCAGGCUCACGGGCUCCCGCUUCAUAGACGCUUACGAGAACUCCAACUCCUCGGAAUUCGUGAAGCUUGCCGGGAGAGUCAAGAAAAUGAUUCUAGAUAUCUAUAAGAAUAAUCCGGACGUUGGCCGGUUCCACAGGGAGACAGUGAUCACCUCGUUCAGCGAGGGCAGCAUUAUUGCUUACUACUGGUCAGAGUUCAGUGUACCUAAGCUCCAAGUGGACGCCCUUGACAAGGCCAUGGCAAACAUCCAGGCUUCGAAUCUAGCAGAGGUGCAGAAGUUGAGAAACCCUGAUUUGAGAGUCGAUACAAUCGUUGCUUUCUCUACCAGUGCUGACAUAAUUAAGGCUUCACAGGACAACGGCUGCAAGUAUGCCUUGCAUGCGAAAGAAGGCAUGAUCACCAGCUUCGCCACGCCGGGAUUUCCCAACAGCCCGUAUCCAUCUAACGCACGGUGUCAGUGGGAGCUGAGAGCAGACGCAGACUCAGUCAUCAGCCUGACCUUCACGACGAUGGACCUAGAGCCAUGCAAAUCGGGGGGUGACUCGGUUGCGGUGUAUGACUCGCUUAUUGCCUCGGAACCCCGUGCGAUGGUCAAACUGUGUGGCAGCUACAGCCUAUCCUACAACCUGACCUUCGUCUCCUCGCAAAACGUGAUGCUGGUCGUGCUGAUCACAAACAGCGAGGGGCGAAACCCCGGCUUCAGGGCGGACUUCUUCCAGAUGCCGAAGAUGAAAACCUGCGGUGGAAACCUGAGAGGGAUAUCUGGAAACUUCACCACUCCGUAUUUCCCGGGUCAUUAUCCUCCUUUGAUGAAUUGCACAUGGAACAUAGAGGUUCCCCCUGACCAGAAUGUGAAGGUGCGUUUCCACAAUUUCUUCCUUGCGGAGCCCGGUGUCCCAGUGAGUUCCUGCACCAAGGACUACAUGGAAGUCAACAAUGCAAA